AUGAAUAACUCAACAAUAUCAUCAUCAUCAUCAUCAAUCGCCGCUCUCGAUAUAAUUCCUGAUCCUGAAAACAAUCAGGUAAUUAUUUUUCGACAAAAUAAUAUACAACACGUGGUCGACAUCGAUGAAGAUGAAUUAAACAUUGAAUUAGGUCUCGAUUUCAAUGAUUAUUAUGAUACGGAUUAUGACGACGACGACGACGAAGAAGAAGAAGAAGACUAUGAAGAAGAUUAUGAAGAUGAAGAUGAAAUCAUCCAACAACCUCCAACAGUUGAUGUAAAUCAAUGCCCUGCUGCUUAA